AGCCAGGCUUUUACCCUCCUAUUCUGCCCCUGUGUGCCAUUCUCCAUGUUUACUGACAGGGGAUUUCCCUCCAAACAAGAGGUUCCCUGGCACUUUAUGCCACAGCAUUAGGUUGGAUCUUCCUUUUGGUUUUUGGUUUUUAAAACGAUGGACAACAGUCCUCUGCAAGUGUUGACUGUCCCUACAGCCCCCUACCCUGACCAGAGACCCGGGACCAGUGGUCUAAGGAAAAAGGUCUUCAUAUUUCAGUCCAGGAGAAACUAUCUGCACAACUUCAUCCAGAGCAUCUUCUCGUCCAUUGACCUACGGGACCGCCAAGGUUCUACAGUAGUGGUUGGUGGAGACGGGCGCUUCUUUAACCGAACAGCUAUUGAGGUCAUUGUGCAGAUGGCAGCUGCCAAUGGGGUGGGCCGUCUGAUUAUUGGACACCACGGGAUUAUGUCCACACCGGCUGUCUCCUGCGUGAUCAGGAAAUACAAAGCCAUCGGUGGCAUCAUCCUUACUGCUAGCCAUUACCCCGGUGGACCUGAGGGAGACUUUGGCAUUAAGUUCAAUACUGUGAACGGAGGACCAGCCAAGGAGGUUGUCACAAACAAGAUUUUUCAAAUCAGCAGAACCAUUGAGGAGUUUGCCAUCUGCCCUGGACUUCAAGUGGAUCUGACAACACUAGGAAAACAGAUGUUUGAUCUGGAGAACAAGUUCAAACCCUUCACUGUGGAAAUUGUGGACUCGGUGGAAUCCUACGCUAACUUGUUGAGGAACAUCUUUGACUUUGCGGCGCUGAAGGAGCUUCUCUCGGGAGAGAACCACAUCAAGAUACGACUAGAUGCCAUGCAUGGAGUGGUAGGACCAUACGUGAGGAGAAUACUGUGUGAGGAGCUGGGCUGUCCUGUCAACUCUGCCAUCAACUGUGUCCCAAUGGAGGAUUUUGGUGGUCAACACCCAGACCCUAACCUCACCUAUGCUGCAGAUCUGGUUGAGAGCAUGAGGGAUGGACAGUAUGAUUUUGGUGCAGCUUUUGAUGGAGACGGGGACCGUAAUAUGAUCCUUGGCAAACAUGGCUUUUUCGUCACGCCGUCAGACUCUGUGGCCGUGAUUGCUGACAACAUCUUCUGCAUCCCAUACUUCCAGCAUACAGGGGUGAGAGGCUUCGCCCGCAGCAUGCCCACAAGUGCAGCCUUAGACAGAGUAGCCAGAGCAACAAAAAUAGAACUGUAUGAAGCUCCCACUGGGUGGAAGUUCUUCGGGAACCUGAUGGAUGCAGGCCGACUGUCUCUCUGUGGAGAGGAAAACUUUGGUACAGGUGGAGACCACAUUCGGGAGAACGAUGGGCUUUGGGCCGUGCUGGCAUGGCUGUCUGUCUUAGCCACCAGACGGCAGAGUGUGGAGGAUAUUCUUAAGGACCACUGGAAGAAAUAUGGAAGAAAUUACUUCACCAGAUACGACUAUGAGAAUGUAGACAUAGAUGCAGCCUGUGAGAUGAUGGAGGAUUUGGAGAUCAUGAUUGCCGACAAGUCCUUCUCAAAACAGAGAUUUGCCGUGGAGGACAAAAUCUACCAGGUGGAAAAAGCGGACAACUUUGAGUACACAGAUCCAGUCGACAGCACCAUCUCCAGGAACCAGGGUUUGCGGAUAAUCUUCUCUGAUGGCUCUCGAAUCAUCUACAGACUCAGUGGGACAGGUAGAGAUGGGGCAACAGUUCGCAUCUACAUUGACAGCUAUGAGAAGGAGCAGAUUUUUGAAGACACACAGGUGAUGUUGGCACCACUGGCAACAAUUGCUCUGAAGAUUUCCCAGCUCCAUCACAGGACAGGUCGAAGUGGCCCCUCAGUUAUCACAUGAUUCCUUAAAUGACUCUUAUUUUACUCCAUCGUUGCUAAAGUGAUGCCCUUUUAUCUUUAUUGUCUUUCCAGAUUUUUGUAUGAACUGAGCUUAAAUUCCAUGUAUGGCUGCACAACAUGCUUUGGUUUGCAUUUUAGAUUGAAUUAUAUCCAGUGACUGUCUCUGUAACACAUUAAACAGCUUUUUAUUUUUGGUUUAA